GCCUUCGCUUCACUUAUCUGAGGUGUUUUUUUUUAAGAGAAGCGUGGGGAGUUGCUAGAGGGAAAAUGGAUUCUUUAAUUCACGUCCUGGCUUUUACCUGUUUUGCCUUGAUGUCCUCAGAGGGGUUUCUGAUUAUCCAUGUGCAGAAACAGCAGUGUCUUUCAGAAAAGAGGGGAGUCAUUAUGGAAAAGUGCAGUAUGACCAGCCCCAACCAGCAGUGGCAGUGGAUGGCCGAUGACAGGCUCCUCCACGUGAAAUCUGGCCAGUGCCUGAGCAUCUCCACGCGCUCCGCGCUGUCGUCUCGCAGCAUCAUCGUUGAUUGCUCCCAGGCAGUCAGGUGGACUUGCCACGAGGAGGAUGGGCUCCUGAAGGUGGCCAACAGCUCGCUCUUUCUCACAAAGCAAGGUCAGAAGGUAAUGGCCAAGCAGAGUAAGAAAUACCUUCAUACAUGGAUGCAGCUUGAAGCCAGAGAGAUGGGAAAACCUGUCUACGUAAAUCUCUGUUCAAAGCAAGAUCUCCAAGAUACAGACACUUCUGCACGGAGUACUACAGCCACAUCCUCCCCUUUAAGCACUACUGAAAAUCUGCCGGAGAGUAGCACGGAGAUGAUCAUCCGAAAUGUGACUGAACACUUCAGUAAAAAAUUAAUUGAAAACCUCUACUUUGACUUCAAGUCUGCCGUAACAGAGAAACCCUGGAUCCCAACAACUACUCCUCAAUACCCUAGCACUACGGAGGAGGCCGCGCUCGGGGAGGCGGCGGGGUGCAGCGCCAACCUGACGGAGCGGCUCGUCACCGGGCACGGCGCCUGGCUGCGCUGGCGAGCCGCGGCCCCCGCCUGCAACUUCAGCGUGACGGGGCGCUCCGAGGACGGGCAGCCCGCCGGCUGCCAGCCCGCCCGCACCGCCAACGGCUCCUACGGCUGCGCCCUGCGGGGCCUGGAGGCCGGGACGUGGUACCACCUCCGCAUCCAGCCGCUCUCCGGCGGGGAGCCCACCGACGUGUCCCUGCAGACAGAUCCCUUACCACCAUCUCAUUUUGAAAUUAGUAAGGAGAAAACUACAUUGACAAGCUUACAAGUUCAAUGGGACCGUUCCUCAGGAAAGGUGGACUUAUACAAUCUAGUAUUAUUUGAUCACAAUGAUACAAAGAUACAAGAAGUUUCUGUACCAGGAAGAUCUACAAAAACAGAAAGCACUUUCACCAGUUUAAUCCCUGGGAAUAAAUACAAUAUUGUCCUCACUGCAGUUUCUGGAAAUAAAAGUACCCCAGAACUUCACAUAAGUGGAUCUACUGUGCCAUCUCCUGUGAAGAAUAUUCAGGUCAAUGUCAAGACAGACACUAUUCAUGUUUCAUGGUCUCCUGGCUCUGGGCAUGUGGAUCUAUACAGGCUGGUGUUACUGGAUAAUCAAGUUCCAGUUCAUGAGAUUCACCAAGAAGACCCUCCGACUUCUUACACUUUUUCUGGACUUACAGCAGGGCAUGUGUAUAACCUCUCUGUCGUAACCCAGGCUGCAGGAUUGGAGAGCACCAGUUUUCAAAUAGUUAGGACAGCCCCAGCUGAAGUCUUAGAUUUGACAGUGACUAACGAUGACAGCUUGGAUACAUUAAACGUUAAAUGGAGAAGACCUUCAGGAAACCUCGAUUUCUAUAAUAUCACUCUGUCUCAUCUUGGAUCAGUUAAAGAAGUCAAAACUUUACAGCCAGCGGUCACAGACACUCAUUUUGACAAGCUAACUCCAGGACGUCUUUAUCAGGUUACUGCCCGCACAAUCAGUGGUGAACUGUUUACUGAUAAGAUGGCAACUGGCAGGACAUUUCCCCAGAAAGUUUCGGAGCUGAAAGCCGGUGGUGGUGGCUGGCUGAGGUCUCUGCGAGUGAACUGGCUGCCCCCUGCGGGAGACUGGGAGAGGUACCGCCUGCUCCUCUGGAACCACUCUGCCCUGGUGCUCAACACCACCCUAGAAAAGGAGGCGACCGAGCACCUCAUCCAGGACGUGGGCCUCAUUCCAGGCAGGCAGUACGAAGUGGAGGUCGUUGUGGAGAGUGGCGAUUUGCAGAGCAAGGCUAGCUGCACAGGGAGAACAGCUCCAGAGCCUGUUCUCCAGCUCCGUGUGAAGUAUGCUAAUGAAUCCUCACUUAGUGUCAUGUGGAUGACCCCUGUUGCAGAAUGGGACAGCUACGUGGUUUCACUGGGAGACAGGGAUCUUACUGUCAUAAAGAAAGGGCUUGCAAAAGAAGCUAGAGAAUUUACCUUCACUGAGUUGGUACCUGGAAGAAAAUACACAGCUACCAUCACUACCAUUAGUGGGAUAUUAAGCAACUGGACUUCAGUGGAAGGAAGAACAGUGCCAGCCCAAGUGACUGGUCUGACUGUGGCAAGUCAGGGAUCAACCAACAGCUUGUUCACCAACUGGACAAGAGCACUGGGAGAUGUAGACUCAUACCAAGUACUACUGAUUCAUGAGAACGUUGUCAUUAAAAAUGAGACUGUUCCCAGUGAGACCAACAGAUACCACUUCUAUCCCCUGAAACCUGGAGGACUCUAUUCAGUUGUUGUCACCACUGUCAGCGGGGGGAUAUCUUCAAGGCAAAUGAUCGCAGAGGGGAGGACAGUUCCUUCCAGCGUGACUGGAGUAACGGUAAAUAACUCAGGUCGCAGUGACUACCUCAGUGUUUCUUGGCUGCCAGCUUCUGGAGAUGUGGACAGUUAUUUGGUAACACUAUCGCACAAUGACCAGAUUGUUCAGACUCUCACCAUUUCCAAAUCCCUCAGUGAAUGCUCCUUUAGCAGUCUUACUCCUGGAACACUUUACAACGUGAUGAUAACCACAAAGAGUGGAAAGUAUGAAAAUUAUUCCUUCAGCCAGGAACGAACAGUCCCUUCGAGCGUUCAGGGACUUACUGUCAGCAAUUCAGCCAGAAGUGACUACUUGAAGGUGUCCUGGCUACACGCCUCUGGAUAUUUUGAUAAUUAUGAAGUGAUCAUCAAGAACAACAAUGAUUUCAUCCAAACAAAAAGUGUCCCAAAGGAUGAAAAUGAAUGUGUGUUCACUAAUCUGGUCCCAGGGAGGCAGUACAGCGUCACAGUCAGCACAAGGAGUGGGAAAUACGAAACCAGUGAAAGGGUCUAUGGCAGAACAAUGCCAGAAUCAGUGAAGGAGCUGACUCUUAGUAACAGAAGCACAGAAGAUCUGCAGGUAACUUGGUCAAAGGCUGAGGGUGAUGUUGAUAAAUAUGAGAUUCAGCUCCUCUUCAAUGAUAUGAAGAUCUUCCCACCCAUUUUCCUUGGAAACACUGUUGAGGAGUAUCGGUUCACGGCUCUGACUCCGGGACGUCUAUACAAAAUUCUUGUCUUGACAAUCAGUGGAGAUGCACAACGUGCUACUUUCAUAGAAGGCCUGACAAUUCCAAGUGCAGUGAGAAACAUUCAUGUUUCACCUAAUGGCAUGACAAACAGCCUGAAAGUGAGCUGGACACCUGGAGGUGGAGAUGUUGAUUCCUACACAGUGACUAUAUUUCAGCAAAACCAUCAACUUGGUUCCCAGAGUGUCUCCAAACACGUCUCUGAACACAUGUUUCACAAGUUGGAAGCUGGGGAGCUGUACCGGGUGGUGGUGCAAUCAAACAGUGGUGCCUUGCACAACAGCUUAGCAGCUUUUGGGAGAACAAUUCCAGCAUCUGUCCAAGAAUUAUUAGCCCACCAUGCUUACAGCAGUCAUUCCUUGUUAGUAACCUGGCAGAAGGCUCCUGGUGUAGCUGAAAGAUAUGACAUUCUGCUCUUGAAUGAGCAAGGAAUCCUACUGAGCAACAAAUCAGAACCAGCUACUGCCAAACAGCACAAAUUUGAAGAUUUAUUAGCUGGCAAGAAGUAUAAAAUACAGGUUUUGACAGUAAGUGGUGGACUCUUCAGUAAACGAGCAGAAACUGUUGGCCGAACAGUUCCAGCAGCUGUCACAAAUCUGAAGGUCACUGAGAACACCACUGACCGACUGUCCUUUAGCUGGACCACCUCACAAGGAGAGCUUGAUUCAUAUGACAUCUUCCUGUACAAUCCAGACAAGUCUCUUCAUGACAGGAUUUCAGGAGAGCAGCACCUUCAGCAGUGUUCAUUCCUGAACCUGCGGCAAGGCAGGAUGUAUCGAAUGGUGAUCGUUACCCACAGCGGAGACCUCACUAAUGAGUCAUCUGUCUUUGGGAGAACAGUACCAGCGCCAGUUGUUGGUCUCAAGGCUUCCAACAGAAACAUGACAGACAGUUUGUGGUUCACCUGGGGUCCAGCAGCAGGAGACGUCGACUUCUAUGAGUUGAAUCUUUACAACCCGAAUGGGACACAGAAAGAAACGUGGCACAGGAAAGACCUGAAAGAGUGGCAUUUCCAGGGGCUUGUUCCUGGCAGAAAGUACACUCUGGUUGUGGUAACUCACAGUGGUGACCUGACCAACACAGCAAAUGCUGAAGGAAGAACAGCACCCAGCCCUCCUAACUCUGUCUCAUUUACUGAUGUUGCAAACACUUCUCUAUCGAUCACAUGGCUGGGUCCUCCAGACUGGACAGACUAUGAUGAUUUUGAGUUGCAGUGGUUCCCAAAGGAUUCCCUCACAGUAUUCAAUCCCUACAGCAGCAGCAAAUCAAAAGUACGCAUCAUCUAUGGCCUGCGACCAGGAAGGCUCUAUGAGUUCAGCGUGAGAACGGUCAGCGGUGACAGCUGGAAGACAUACAGUCAGUCUCAGUCUGCAAGUGUGAGAACCAAACCAGACAAGAUACAAAGUCUUCAUUGUCGGCCCCAGACCUCUACUGCCAUCGCUUGUUCCUGGACUCCUCCCGAUUCUGACUUUGAUGGGUAUAGCGUUGAGUGCAAAAAGCUGGACACUCGGGAAGUGGAAUUUUCUAAGAGGAUAGAAAAGGACAAAUCUCUGCUUAAUAUCAUGACCCUUGUUCCCCACAAGCGCUACCUGGUGUCCAUCAAGGUGCAUUCUGCAGACAUGACAAGUGAAGUAGUUGAAGACAGCACCAUCACGAUGAUCGACCGCCCUCCUCAGCCACCUCCGGACAUACGAGUGAACAAAAAAGAAGUGCUGAUUACCAAAUCCUCCAUCAACUUUACUUUUAACUGCAGCUGGUUUAGUGAUACCAAUGGAGCUGUGAAGUACUUUACUGUGGUUGUCAGAGAGGCUGAUGGUAGUGAAGGACCAAAGCCUGAUGAGCAGCACCCAUUACCUUCCUACCUGGAGUACAAACACAACGACUCUAUACGCAUCUACCAGACAAACUAUUUUGCCAGUAGGUGUGCUGAAAACCCUGACAGUGACUAUAAAAGCUUUGACAUCAAGCUUGGAGGAGAAAUGGAAAGUCUGGGAGGAAAGUGUGAUCCAGAUCAGCAAAAAUUCUGUGAUGGACCCCUAAAGCCUCGGACUGCAUAUAGGAUCAGCAUACGGGCUUUCACCCAGCUCUUCAGUGAAGACCCAAAGGAACUUCCCAAACCACUCUUUGCAGACACCUUCUUCUCUUUACCAAUCACUACAGAGGCAGAGCCUCUCUUUGGAGUUAUUGAAGGUGUGAGUGCUGGCUUGUUUCUGAUUGUGAUGUUAGUGGCUGUUACUGCUUUGUUUGUCUGCAGACAAAAAGUUGGCAAUGGCCAUGAGAGACCUACAGCAAGGCUGAGCAUUCGCAGGGACAGGCCACUGACAGUCCAUCUGAACUUGGGGCAAAAAGGGAACCGGAAAACUUCCAGUCCAAUCAAAGUCAGUCACUUCGAAGCACACUUCACCAAACUCCAAGCAGACUCCAACUACCUCCUGUCCAAGGAAUAUGAGGACUUAAAAGAUGCGGGUCGAAACCAAACAUGUGACAUAGCACUUCUGCCAGAGAACAGAGGGAAAAAUCGAUACAAUAAUAUAUUGCCCUAUGAUACAUCAAGAGUGAAACUUUCCAAUGUUGAUGAUGACCCUUGCUCAGACUACAUCAAUGCAAGCUACAUACCAGGCAACAGUUUCCGCAGAGAAUACAUAGCAACUCAGGGCCCUUUGCCUGGCACCAAGGAUGAGUUCUGGAAGAUGGCAUGGGAACAAAAUGUCCACAAUAUUGUCAUGGUAACCCAGUGUGUUGAGAAGGGCCGGGUAAAGUGUGAUCACUACUGGCCCCUCGACCAGGAUUCCUUGUACUAUGGAGACCUGAUAGUUGAGAUGCUGUCUGAAUCAGUGCUCCCAGAAUGGACAAUACGAGAGUUCAAAAUCUGCAGUGAAGAGCAGCUUGACUCAACAAGACUUAUUCGUCACUUCCACUACACUGUGUGGCCAGAUCACGGUGUGCCAGAGACCACCCAGUCCCUGAUCCAGUUUGUCAGAACUGUAAGGGAUUAUAUCAACAGGACCCCAGACACAGGACCAACUAUUGUGCACUGCAGUGCUGGUGUUGGCAGGACUGGAACAUUCAUUGCACUGGACAGAAUUCUGCAGCAACUGGAUUCAAAGGACACUGUUGACAUUUAUGCAGCAGUGCAUGAUCUAAGGCUUCACCGGGUUCACAUGGUUCAGACAGAGUGUCAAUAUGUGUACCUACAUCAAUGUGUGCGAGAUGUGUUAAGAGCCAGAAAGCUUCGCAGCGAACAGGAAAAUCCCUUGUUUCCAAUAUAUGAAAAUGUGAAUCCAGAGUAUCACAGAGAUGCUGUUUAUUCAAGGCACUAAGAAUGUUACAGACACCUGCUUUUGUGACCACAUUUGUUAACUAGGGGCUUUGUUUGUUGUUUUUUUUAUGUAUGUAUUUCAUGCACUAGAAAGGUGCCAGACCUUUCUAUUGAGACUGUAUUAUUUAUUGGUCUGGUGUUUUUUUAAAAGAUAUAUAAUUUAAGUGUAAUAGAUGUUAAUGUAUAUAAUUGUAUUUUGGCAUUAUGUAAAUAUGUAUUUUUUCUAUAAUGUUUAUAUUAAUAUUAAGCUUCAGAUAAUACUAUUUUUUCUUAUACAGUUUUUAUGAACUGUUCUACAUAAACUAUUUUAAAGUGUAUGGCUAACAGGACUGCUGCAUUUUGAGCAGGUCAGGUAUUGGCAUUUAACACACAGGAAAAAUCCUACAAGGAAAGCCUCAUUUUUUAUUUUUUUUUUUUUUAACUCGUUUGUGAGAUGAAAUAAGCUACUAUUAAGAAAGGGAACAGUAGUCCUGCAUAAGAGUUACAAUGCUACUUUUCACUUUAAGCUUACUGCUUGUGAUCUGACCAAAAUGGAUGAAAUCCAUGCCACCAUGACAUAUCUUUUACAGAACUCAUUAACAGCGAAGUAAAACAGGGUCCACCUCACUAGACACAACUGUUUCAGUCUAAUGUGACAUAGUAGAAAAAUAUCAAACAACACAUGCUGCCUUGAAGUCUAGCUGGCCUUUCCCCACACACACGCUUUGAGGGGAACAGGUCACAUCCUGAUUUCUUUACACUGGUUUAAGAGAGCAGAAUCAGACCACAGCCUGUGUCUGUGCAUUUUUACUUGCAUACAAUUACAGUAAGAAAAGUUUUCAAGAAAACACCUCAUACACUUACAUUAACAGAGCCAUGAGGAUGUGAAAGCUGUCAGAUUCCAUAGCUCACUAAAAUGGUGAUGUACCAUGACAGCUUAGGAAGUAGAGGGGUUAGAAAUGUAUUGAAAUGAAGACAUACAAAGAUACAUAUCCCGCAGUUUGCACAACUGGCUUUGGCUUUAAGCUGCUUGCAGAACAGCUGCCUCAGCCCAAGUGCAGGUCUCCUUCAAAUGCUGUUUGCUUUCACAGAGGGAAAGCGUGGCCCCAGGUUGUCCUCACAGAAGGACUCCUCCGCUCAGAUAUUGCCUGAUGUCACCACUGUAAGGGCAGAUGGAUUAGAAGAAGGCUUAUCAUAACCCAGGGGAUGUAGUCUUACGAUGAUUAGCUUGCUGUGCUAAUCAUCAGGUGCACUCAGAGCAUCCUGUGAUCAGCAAGAAGUGUAAUCCAACAGCACCCACCAGGUAUCCUGCCCAGCCAAGCAGUUUAGGAACAUCCUUUUUCCUCUCCAAAAGAGGCUUUUCCUUCAAGGAACUGAUUUGAACACUCUGCUCAGCUGUUCUUUGCCUUUGAAGAGCAUUUUAUAAAUAAAUAGAAAAGAGGCAGCACGCAGUUCAUCUCCUUCACAUGUAGGAAGUGUUUGGUAGUUCUCCUUUUAUCUACUCGUUCCCUCUUUACUUAGAAAAAACUUAGCCUGCUGCUGAAGACAAGUGCCUAGAUUCCACUUUUAUUUUGGAGAGAAAUCAGUAUUUCUGAAGGCCUACAGAGAACCAGCCAACACAUCUAAGUGCCUUAGAAACUGCAGUGGCUCUGGGACAAGAUUACCGUGACUUCACCAAGACUUAGUGGAGCCACACUCUCCCUGCAGUAGGAACACCUGUGUGAUAAUGGAUGAAGUCUGCAAGGUUUCUCUGUCAGAGUUUUCUUAAAUCAUUCUAAAACAGAACCAGCAAUACUGUGCACAUCCAUGUCACUCAGGUUUUCCUGCAGAGGAAGAAAGAGCCUGAUGGUGCCUCUUCCUUCUUACUCCAGCUGGAGUCUCAUCCUUUCUUGUCCAAUACCCUCAGCUGCCUCAGAAGCAACCUUUCCUAUCAACUUUCACAUCUGCUCAGAACACGUAGGCUCAGAUAAGCUUGUAGGUGUCUGUAUGAAAAUGCUGCUUCUUCCUCCUGGACGUCCCUAUUAGCCCCCACACAAACCUCAAGAUGCAGCACCCUUAGUGGGAUCUGAGGAAGAAGGGAACAACAUUGCAGUGGAAGCCACGUCAACAGAGGGAAGUCUAGGCAAAAGCACAAAGAAGGGUGCAGACUUUCUGCAAGCCUCUUCCCUGUUCCUUGUGCUGCAGAGACUCCAGGCUAGCAGGCAAGGACAAACAAGCAUGGCAGCAUUAGAUUGAUCAUUGGUUCCACUAAUAACAGCUGAACUUAGGGCAUCAUGGAAAUUGCUUUUGUGCUACGUGCGCUGCAUUUAGUCCCUUCUUUCUGCAGCAGUAGCUGCAGAAUGAAGAUCACGUUAGUUACCAGCAGUACAACAGCUCGGUGAAGACGUAGCACGUGCACUCCGUAAAUUAGCUCACGCUAUGUAUUACUGUGUCAUUUCUGUAUGCUGAGGGAAAUGGAACUCGCUCAGUAAUGCAUGAUUGGAUGGCAAAAGUCUGAUUGCAUACUACUAUAUAUGUAUGUUGUUCGUUGUUUUCAGACGGGCACAUCAUUCUGCUCUUUAUUUUAAUGGUGUUUCUCAGCUCCCUUCUCAGAGGGAACUCUGUAGGGAACGCCUAUAGAGUUCACAAAUCUACACCCAAAAUGACGGUGUUGUAGCAAACCUUUUCUCUCAGCUAAAAAUGGACACAGUGCAUAAGCCUCUUCCUCCUCAUCACUUAAUAACAUGACAGAUGACCUUAAACACUCUGGCACAGUGCUCUUGAACAGCUUUACAUCUCUGCCUAGUUAGGUCCUGCAAGAAACUGUACAUACACUUCAUUGCUCUGGUUCUGCUUUAUGGCCAAUUCUGGUCCUGUAAAACCAGUGUAAAGCCACUGAGGAUAAGUAUAAAGUAUCUAUGUAGCAUUUUUUUUUAAUAUAAGACACUAACUUACCAGUUUAAUUAAUUAUAUUUACUGUGCCUCUAAGCUAAACAACAGAAUCAAAGGGAAAUUAUUAAUGUAACAAGAAUGGACUUGAAGAAGCCUGUGUGCUGAACAAAGGUGGCUCUGAAGGAAAGAGACAUCCUCUGCUGAAGAGGAUGCUUCUGUUUUGCAUGUCCAUGAAUGAUGUUCAGAACUCCUUUCUUGAUGUUUCCCAAUAAUAAUGUUAUAAAGCAAGGCUAGUGUUAUUGCUGAUCCAUAAGCUAAGAUUUGCACACUUGGAGCCCAGUCCUGUGAAUAUCCACAUUGUCCACAAAGCUACCUGAAUACCUUUCUGAAAGUCAACUGGAAUGUCUGUCUGAAAAAUACCAUGCAACUUGUGAAGCACUUGCAGGGUUGGGCUUUUAGGUUAAUUCAAAUUUUUGUAUUGAAAGUUAUUUAAUAAUGAAAAAAAUAUAAUUAAUGUUUUUAAUCCGUGCAAUACAAUUACAAGAUCCACUACCGAUCAUAGAAAAGAAGUAGAUUUUGCAUAGCUGGAGUUGAUAAAUGAUAUUUUUUGUUACUAAUGGAACACAAAAGUGGGUGAGAAAUAGGCAUACUGUGAAGAUGUCAUAAAAGUGCAACUUUAUACAUUUUUCUCUGCUGCUAUAGUUAUUUAUACAGCUUAUAUACGUGCCUAAAAUUGCCAGAAAUAUUAUUUUAUGCUACGAUAUACUAUGAAUUUUCUUUCAGUUGUAGAACAGAGAAAAGAAUGUGUGAGCUUUAAGUUUAUAUUAUGUAUUUUAUACAGUUGUCUGUGCUUUAACUUAGAAAGCAGAAAGUCAAAUACUGAACAGAUCGGAGUACAUGAGCACUUAGCUGUGCUCAUCAGCCUGGGAGUUAAUAUGUGGGCUAAAGGAAUGAGCAAAUAACCAUCUAAUCACUGUAUUAGCAUCUCCUCCCAGGGUCGCAGAUCAGAGAAACACGUCUGACAUUCACAGAUGCAGCCUACCGCAGUUACAGCUUCAGUACCAAGGAGUGGCAUGUUGGGUGCUUAGGUUUAUUCGGAUUUAUUUCAGUACUUCAGGCAGACACUGCUUUUUUUAAACAAAAUACAAUAUAAAAUGACAACCCCACCCCUCAUGGCCCAUCACAGAUGUGUGGGCUCUGGAGGCUGCAACUUUGAAUGAAAGAUGAGUGUGCACCACUACAUGUAGGCAGCUCACUUUGGACCCUGUGCCCUUCACUGUCCUUCCCAAGCUGACAAAGUCAAACUCCUGACCUGUUGGUAUGGCAAAAGCAAAGUGGUCUGUUACUGGUGACCCCACAGAUCAAUAGCUAGUUCAGACUGGGAUAUUUUUUUUAAGACUGGCAGGAAAUACUGGAGACAAGGGUCUCACUAAAUUUAGCAAAUACUGUGGAAUUUGGGCACAGACAGUGUCAAUGAUGCUGGUAGAUUGAUAUGCAUGACUUGGUUGUUUCUUGGUUUAUUUGAAAGCUGAAGAAAUACUAUAAGUAAUGUCAAGUAGCUAAAUAUAUAUUGCUCUCUACCAGGGCUGUAUGUUAUAGUGAAAAAAGCCAUGAUUUUGAAAUACAGCUAGCCAUAAAUUCUUUGCCAGUGCCUGGAGUAAAGUGACUGAAAAAUUCUUCAGCACAUACUCCAUUGUCAUAUGCUAUAUAAUUACUUAUAUUUGUGUUCCAAACAAACACUGGGUGAACACAGAAUUGUGCUACUCUUGUCAAUUUAAUUUAUGCAUUUGUUAAGUAUAUUUUUAUAUUUUUAGCUACAGUCAACAAAUCAAAUAUAUUUGAGUGUAUUUUACACAUUUUUAUAAAUAGUUCAUGAAUAAAACAAUCAUUU